AUGGUUAAGAUUAAUCAAAAGUUUGCCAAGGAGUUGAUCUCCAAGUUGAUCGAGGCGGCGAAUAGCGCUACCAAGCUGAACGUCCACGACCCCGACGAAAUAGCCAAAUAUGCCCUUAGCACUCUCGCGUUGUUGGCUGGACUCAUUCCCGAGAUUGGAAGCACCGUGAGCUCAGUCAUAACCCUUGCGGGUCAGGCGUUUCUUCCAUCAGGAUCUGAGCCGGAAAGGCUCUGGAAUAUGCUGCGCGAGCGCAUCGAGGAACUGAUUGGCUCGAAGAUCUCAGACUAUCAUUUUAAGAUAAUGAAGGCGAAGAUCGAAGGCUUCCAGAUCAACAUGAAUGCCUUCAGCAAAGUCUGCAAAGAAUACGAUGAAGCAAAGAAUGAAAAUGAGAAAAGGAAAGCGGCCAAUACUGUCAAAACUUCUCACAUUGCAUUCCUGUUCGUGAUCAGAGGCUCGAUUCCAGAGUUUCAGGCCAAAGACUACGAGGUGAUGACGCUCCCCUUGUUCGCCCUUGCUGCCACCAUGCAUCUCAUGCUGUUAGCCGACGGUAUCAAAAACGGCAAAGACUGGGGCUAUUCUGAGACUAAUAUUAGCGGCAUGCGGGACGAAUUUAAGAAAUUGACCUCGCCUGGAACAGUCGCCAAGUUCGAUCGCCAAAGCCUGUCGGACGAGAGGUAUGCCUUACAGGAUGCCAUCAAGAAAGGCACGGAGUGGGGCGUGCCGGCGAAGGUACUUGAUACAUGGCACGAGGCUUAUUCCGAUCGUUUUGGGCCUAAAACGAAUAUUGAUGAAAUUAUCCGUGAUAUUGAAGCCAAGGUGACGCAUGGGCCUUCUGACUACGUUUCCUACGUGUGGAAGUAUUACGAGGAGGGGCGUAAGAAAGUGGUGCCUUACAAGCCGCACAUAAACGAGCCCGAAAACAGAGGCAUCACGGCGGGCGCAAGGCUCAGAGCCUACGCCGACUAUGACUCGAGGAUGGCUAUGACCGUUCUCAACUAUGCCGCACUUUGGCCCUUCCUGGCUGGCGAAAAGGUCACAGAGCGUGGCAUGAUGUUCCUGAGUCGCGAGAUCUUCUACGGCCCAUUCGGUCGCUGCACUACCGUUGGCUGGAACGAGUCGACCCCGCCUAAGCCCUCCAUAUGCAGUUCACGGAUCACAUCCGUGUACGUAAUAGGUGGCGCCGACAUAGAAUGCACGUGCAUGAAGUAUGAUAACACGUGGGGGCAUUCCUAUGGGAAGUCGUGUGGGGGCAAGCCUUAUCAACUCGACCUCGAACGUGACGAAUACGUCAAAUCGGUUGAAACAAAGUACGGCCACAAGCUCGGGUGUCUCAAGUUCGUGACGAACAAGGACAGAUUUUUGAAGUGUGGUGAUUCGAGGCAUGCCGACAAAGGGGGAAGCGCCGCGCCUGCGGGCUACGAGUUGACGAGCGUCUACAUCACUCAGUUCGAAUCUCAUGAGCCGGGGGGCUGCGAGGGUAUCGUCCUGGGCUUCAGGCCAUUGUUGACAAGCGUGUUGCAAGACUAG